GCCCGCGCCCCCGGGCCGCGCCCCCGCCCCCCAUGCACCACCUCCUGGAGCAGUCCGCGGACAUGGCGACGGCGCUGCUGGCCGGGGAGAAGCUGCGCGAGCUGAUCCUGCCCGGCGCGCAGGACGACAAGGCGGGCGCGUUGGCCGCGCUGCUGCUGCAGCUCAAGCUCGAGCUGCCCUUCGACCGCGUGGUCACCAUCGGCACCGUGCUCGUCCCCAUCCUGCUGGUCACCCUGGUGUUCACCAAGAACUUCGCAGAGGAGCCCAUUUACUGCUACACGCCGCACAACUUCACUCGCGACCAGGCGCUGUAUGCUCGCGGCUACUGCUGGACGGAGCUGCGGGACGCACUGCCCGGCGUGGACGCCAGCCUGUGGCCGUCGCUGUUUGAGCACAAGCUGCUGCCCUACUCGCUGCUGGCCUUCGCGGCCAUCAUGUAUGUGCCGGCGCUGGGCUGGGAGUUCCUGGCCUCCACCCGCCUCACCUCGGAGCUCAACUUCCUGCUGCAGGAGAUCGACAACUGCUACCACCGUGCCGCUGAGGGCCGUGCCCCCAAGAUCGAAAAGCAGAUCCAGUCCAAGGGGCCUGGCAUCACGGAGCGCGAGCGGCGCGAGAUCAUCGAGAACGCCGAGAAGGAGAAGAGCCCCGAGCAGAACCUGUUCGAGAAGUACCUGGAGCGCCGCGGCCGCAGCAACUUUCUGGCCAAGCUGUACCUGGCGCGGCACCUGCUCAUCCUGCUGCUCAGCGUGGCGCCCAUCUCCUACCUGUGCACCUACUACGCCACCCAGAAGCAGAACGAGUUCACGUGCGCGCUGGGCGCGUCCCCCGACGGGCCGGCGGGCGGGGGCCCCGCGGUGCGCGUGAGCUGCAAGCUGCCGUCGGUGCAGCUGCAGCGCAUCGUGGCGGGCGUGGACAUCGUGCUGCUGUGCGCCAUGAACCUCAUCAUCCUCGUCAACCUCAUCCACCUGUUCAUCUUCCGCAAGAGCAACUUCAUCUUCGACAAGCUGCACAAGGUGGGCAUCAAGACGCGCCGGCAGUGGCGCCGCUCCCAGUUCUGCGACAUCAACAUCCUGGCCAUGUUCUGCAACGAGAACCGCGACCACAUCAAGUCGCUCAACCGGCUGGACUUCAUCACCAACGAGAGCGACCUCAUGUACGACAACGUGGUGCGGCAGCUGCUGGCCGCGCUGGCCCAGUCCAACCACGACGCCACGCCCACCGUGCGCGACGCGGGGGUGCAGACGGCCGACCCCAGCGCCAACCCCGCCGAGCCCGACGGCGCCGCCGAGCCGCCCGUCGUCAAGCGGCCGCGCAGGAAGAUGAAGUGGAUCCCCACGGGCAACCCGCUGCCACAGCCCUUCAAGGAGCCGCUGGCCAUCAUGCGCGUGGACAACAGCAAGGCCGACAAGCCCAAGCCCGUGCGCCGCAAGACGGCCACGGACACGCUGAUCGCGCCGCUGUUGGACGCGGGCGCGCGCGCCGCGCACCACUACAAGGGCGGCGGGGCCGACGCGGGGCCCGCGCCCGACAAGAAGCACGCGCGCCACUUCUCCCUGGACGUGCACCCCUACGUCCUGGGCACCAAGAAGGCCAAGCCCGAGGCCGUGCCCGCCGCCGCCCUGCCCGCCUCCCGGAGCCAGGAAGGGGGUUUCCUGUCCCAGGCGGAGGAGUGCGCGCUGGGCUUGGCCGCAGCACCCACCAAAGACACUCCGCUCCCUGAGAAGGAGAUCCUGUACCCAGCAGAGCCAGCCCGGGCCACGCUUCCUUCCGGGGGCCCGUUUCACGUCUGCUCGCCCCCAGCGGCCCCCACCACGGCCCCUCUCUCGCCAGCCAGUCUGGGCAAAGCCGACCCCCUCGCCAUCCUGAGCCGCAACGCCACGCACCCGCUACUGCACAUCGGCACGCUGUACGAAGCCCGGGAAGAGGAGGACGGGGGUCCCCGCGCUGCCCCGGACGUGGGCAGCCUCAUUGCCAUCCCCCCCCCGCAGCAGAUCCUCAUCGCCACGUUCGACGAGCCGAGGACGGUAGUGAGUACCGUGGAGUUCUGAGGAAUGGGGCUGUCCGGGCCACCGCCAUCCCCUCCGCGUGCCCAGGGAGUGCCGCUGACCCCAGCCCAACGUGGACGGGGCCUCUGCUUCACCCAGCACUGCCCGCCCCUCGGCCUCCUGUCCGCAUGCCACAGGGCUGACACCUUGCCCACCCGGCCCCCAAGACAGCAUCGCUGGCGUGCUGGCUGGGCCGGGGGCUGGCCUUGAGCCCGGCGGAGCCCCCCCCACAACCAGCCAGAAAGGCCUGGAGCCGCCCCCCCCCACCCCCAAUCAGGCACUCGGCUGCGAGGUGAAGAGUUUAUUUUUUUAGUCAAUUCUGUCUUGGGCCCAGGCUGAAGCAGGACAGCUCUGGUCCUGAGUCUGAAAGGAAGCUGGGGGUGAUCCCACCACCAGGCCUGGCUGUGCCCCAGGGGCCGUGCUCAGGGCUCGCUCCUGCACUGGGAGGUGCCGGGGCCCCCUCCAUCAGACCGACAUGCACUUUCUCCCUGUCUCCCAACCUGCCUGUACUCUGCUUUACUAUGAUCACUGUAACUACCGAGUGUGCGCGCUGCCAGGCACAGGGCGGUGUGUGCAUGGGUGCGUGACCGAGAGGACGAGGACGCCAGUGUGCAUGGAUGUGUGUGUGAGUGGGCGUGAGCGUGGACGCACGGGGGUGUGAUCGGGCACGGGGCUGAGACGGUGUGGACGCCCGUGUGCAAGGCAAGGAAUCCAACGCAAUAACCAUGUCCCCCCACCCUGGCCACCAGCCCCCCAACCGAGGCCCCACGUGGCUUCCCGUGGGCACCCAGGGCUGGCGCGGAGGGUCUGUCCCUAUUACCUCAGCCACGGUGACAACGUGACAGUAUUAACAAGGUAGCACCGAGCAGAUCAAUAAAUAUUAUUCUGAUA